AUGUCACAGGCCCUAGAUCGCUUUACGCUCGCAACCAAACAAGUUAUUACUGAGCAGUUUGCGAAAGCAAAGCAAGAGUUGCAAACCGAAGACGAGGAUUGUUAUCUAGACCUGAUAUUACUAAUCAUUGAAUGGAACGAACAGAAUUUACAACGACGCGGGAUCCUAAAGGCGACCGUGGCCAAUCAAAUUCAAGGAUUUAUCGGGGUAUCCCCACUUCAAGUUAUCAACCAAAACCUUAACGUUGGAAUCGUUAACGCUGGUAUCCCGUCCAACACUAUUUUCCAUCUUAUCGACAUUCCCCCUGUUGAAAAACAACAAGUUGCUAGUGACAUCACCACGUUUCUGCGUUCGAAUUAUUGGCAAGGAACAAGCAAUGAAUUGGAAAUGUUUAUAUAG